GGAACCGACUCUGUUAUUCCAUGGUGCUGAUGGCGAAGUACGACCUGAUUGCCCGAUAAGAACUAAAAAACACGUGCGGUGUCCGGGUGUACGCAAACUGAUGCAGGCAUAUAAGAAGCGACCCUACAUUGUUGUCGUGCCGGUGGACGAAUGGGGAACAUCUCAAACAGACGCAAGAUGUAUGUGCCGAUUCCAAAACCAACCCAAAUCGGCCAAAUUCAAGAUGUGUCGGUGCAUACCCAACGCCAUAACACUGCUGCCAACCAGAAUUGUGUCUAAGUUUGGCAAGACAGAUACAUCUACAUAUCGACAGUUACAACGCACAUUGAACGGAGCAUUUGAAAUAGAAGAGGAGCUAAUGUCAAGAGUAAAACCUUACUACAAAAAAUGGCAAUUAGACCUCGAAUGCACCGUGACUUGGCAUCGUGACGUCGUGGCUGCUAAGAACAUUCUACUGAAAGGACUAUGGACAUUGCUUUGGACUUCCAAUACCUGCUGCAAUCAACCGAUAUUGGAAUCAAAUCAACGCCGAUGCCGCCGUCUUCGACGACGAUAACGACGUGGACAUAUCCGAGCCCGAGUUCGAAUAGCAGCCAACUAAUCAUCACAAUACCAUACCAUAGAUGG